AUGUUUCGGUUUACACGAAGGAACGACAUAUGCACGACCGAAGCAUCGCCUGUGGAAAGUACUUUUCUGGAAGAGAUAAGUAAUGCUAACAUAACUACAAGCGGCAGCAACAGCCAUAGCAUCACGCUAAGUCCCGUCGUCUACUUACUGAUUAAUUUGAGCAACACAGAGAAUGAGCUGCUGGAGAGGUACCUGCGCGAGAAGAAUUACGCUUCUCUCAAAGAACUGAUCGAUCAGAAGAAAGCCGAAUUCCUCCAAGUCAGCAACAAGCCAAUAGGAAGCAGUGCAGCAAAGGAAACUGCAGAAGAUUUCGAGACUGAUGCCUUCCUUGAAGCGCCAUCUGUGCCACUGAAUUUCACUCAAGAGCAAUUCGAAUAUGCCCAAGCAUAUCACAACGCAUCGAUUUAUAGUAUUAUUCGGGCAUUGUGGAAUACGAAAGUGGAACAGGAAUUACCACAGAUAGACCAGUAUGCAAUUCUGGAGUAUUACAACGAGAAACGGGCCGAGGAAGAAGCACAACAAAAUGUUCUCAUAUGGCUGUGGAACUUGAUUAGGAGGCUUUUCAACAAAAGCACUGAAAAAUAUGAAUGUUAUGCGAAUGAGCCGACAUGUGUUCGGGCACUGCUGGACCGAUGCAACGUCGAUGAGCUGCAGGAGCUGCAGCGAGCCAGUGAUGACGAUGAUCUCAUAAUGAUUACUGAUUUAAUCAAGGAUAAACUGGACGAUGAUCCGGACCUGUACAUAGAGUAUGAUAAAUGGACAAAUGCAAACGACGUGCCCGAGGCUCUCAAGGAAAUCACGCGUGGCCUUAGUCAGGCGCAAAGAAGGGCUAUGGAAAAAUUACGAAGGCUUAAGCUAACUGACAAAAUCAAAGAUUUUUAUCGGGAAAAUAUCGAGAAAGCGAGUAGUCCAAAGCAAGAGCAAAUUGAAAUGUUUUUCCGGAGAAUGAACAAGACUUUUGCAAGAUGCUAUAAUCCGAUUAUCAAAAAAGAAAACGACUGGUUUGUUUUUACUAUUACAUGGGACAGGCUGGGGAACUUGCUUUUUUCGGAAAUGAAUUUUAAAUAUAAACCUAAAUCUACCACUUUAAGAAGAGGCGGUGGGUAA